UAUGUCAUUAAUGGCGGUUCAAAGCUCUGAAUCCGAAAUCGAGCAAGUGAUUCAAUCAUCAUUAUCAUCCCCUGUCAUAAUUUCCACAAAUAUUAUAAAUGAUCAAGAUUAUCAUCGUCAACAAAGCCUGCUGACCACCGUGAUGAUUAUCUUAAUGGAUAGAUUAUCACUUAAUUCUUUAAGAUCUGUAUUAACCAAGUUUCAUGCAGGCUAUUUCAGAAUCAGUCUUUCCCUAGGUGGCCAAGCCUUGCUAUGGAAAAAGUUUAUGGGGCCAACAACCCACGAUAUGAAAAUGACGAGUAGCGCUAGUACUACUGUCAUCAACGCGCUUCAUCCAACGUCGAUUUUUCUUGUACUGUGGUCUUUCGCUCUUUUUACCCUAAUCUUACUUUCUCUUAUUUACCUCUUGAAAUGCUUGUUUUACUUUAAGAUGGUCAAAGCCGAAUUCUUGCACCACGUAGGAGUAAACUAUCUUUUCGUUCCUUGGAUCUCUUGGCUACUCUUGCUCCAAACGGCACCGUUUCUCGGGCCGAGAACAGCCACUUAUUUGAUUCUGUGGUGGAUUUUCUCAGUCCCGGUGGUGCUUCUCGACGUGAAAAUAUACGGGCAAUGGUUCACCAAAGGGAAGAGAUACUUGUCCAUGGCGGCCAACCCGACCAGCCAGUUGUCGGUGAUCGGGAACUUGGUCGGGGCGCAGGCUGCGGCUCAGAUGGGGUGGAGAGAGAGCGCAGUGGGGUUGUUUUCGCUAGGGAUGGUUCACUAUUUGGUGCUUUUCGUGACGCUUUAUCAACGAUUAGCUGGCGGUGACCGGCUACCGGCUAUGCUGAGACCAGUCUUCUUCUUGUUCUUCGCGGCGCCGAGCAUGGCUAGCUUGGCUUGGGAAUCCAUAGUUGGCGCUUUCGAUAUGGUGUCAAAGAUGUUGUUUUUUCUUUCCCUCUUUCUCUUCCUUUCUCUGAUAUGUAGACCAACGCUUUUCAAGAGAUCAAUGAGGAGAUUCAACAUUGCAUGGUGGGCAUACUCAUUCCCAAUGACUGUACUGGCUUUGGCUUCAUUUGAUUACGCAGAAGAGGUGAAAGGAGGGAUUGCGCGCAUCCUGAUGUUUUUUCUAUUUGGCCUCUCUGUUUUGGUGUCACUCGGUUUGGUCGCAACCACUAUUAUAAACAGAAAAAUGCUUUUACCCGAUGACGAUCCUAUUACAACAACUCUUUUUCAUAGUAAUUUAUUACCUUUAGUAUCCACCACCACCCGUCGUCGUCACCAAUAUCAAUAA